AGCUCUAGAGUUCAUCUUUGGAGAUUGUUGUCCUUCUGGAAAGUUCUCCCAUCUCUGCAGCACUCCACCAGUCAGGCCUUUAUGGUAGAAUGGCCAGGCAGAAGUUACUCCUCAGUAAAAGGCACAUGACAGCCCACUUGGAGUUAUUAUUUCAGAAUAAGGCUGUAACGUAACAAAAUGUGGAAAAAGUCAAUGGGUCUGAAUACUUUCCGAAGGCACUGUAUAUGCAAAAAAAGUGGAAUGUCUUAAUAUUUACAAAGUAGGUUUUUAGGAGUGUUUGGUCACAAAGCAAAACAAGAUGUGAAUCUGCAAAGGGAGCAAGUGAAUUUAUUGGCUUAAAUUGACAUUGCAUCAGAUUCACUGUAGAUAUGUCUGUGAUCAGUUUGUUAAAGGGAUGCGUGAUCUUUGUUUACGAAUGAGAAUAUAAUUCCUCUGUUUAUGUUGAAAUGUUGGGUAAAUUACAAGGUGGAUGAUGUUUGAGAAAUUUGUAACCAAUGUAAAGUUUUUUUUCUCAAUCUUUUUGGCACUAAUUGUACACUAAGUGUUAUUUUUUUACUACUGUAUGAGUAUGAAGGUCGUUCCACCAAUUGGGUGCCUUUUUGAGUAGUGUCACUUGGUAAAAAUUUAGUUUUGUUUGACCUCAUUUUUACAUUCUGUCAUAAAAAGCACAUGUAAAACUUAAUAAAUAACAUGUUUUCCCAUCUCAAGAGGUUGAAUAAAAAAAAUAUGACAAUAGUAAGUGCCAUAUAAAAUAACAGGUUUGACCGUGACAGGGUUGACAAUUUCAUCUUAAAUCAGCCUUAAAUUAAAACAUUUCUAGCCUGUCAAUCGAUGGGUAACAGGGUUGAUGUGGUAUGCUCAACCCGCUGUUUUCCACCACAGAAUACCAGAAAAUGGUCGAAAAGAGUACAACCAGUUCAACCACUUUUACACUAGGGUAUGACUAAAAGAUUUUCAAUGUUUCUUUAAAAAAAUGUUUUUAAAGGAAUAGUUUCAUCAUAUUAAAAUGAGAGUUCAGUUCACGUAACAGGGUUGAUCUUAAAAUGAUGGGCAGGUUUUGGGGGAUUUUUUUACCUUAAAAGGAAUCACUAAUCACAUUAAAUAAAUAAUAAUCGCCAGAAAUAACUUAACUAGGGCUUUACAAUGAUGGUGAAACCUUGGAGAAAUGUUGGGGUUAAGUGGGUUGUUAUGUUAUUCCUGUGUGUCCUACCAAACUAGUUGAGCAAGUCAUGGCCAUAGAAAUAUUUCAUUCUAAUUCUAUGGUCAUAACAUACUGUUCUGAUGAUUAACUGAUGACGUCAUAAUGAAUUUUAAUAAACCUGUUUAUGAUGUAUAUCAAAAUUCCUUGACCAGAACAGGGAGGUUUCAGGAAGGUCCUGCAACAUUUCACCAUACCAUGAUGCAAGAACAGGUCAGUGCUUAAUUUGUAAAAAUAUCUUGCCUGAGACCUGAUGACUUCUUUAUGCUCUUGAUCAACAAUCUAGGCUUUAGCUCAGCGGGCAAACACAGUCAUAUGGGACGCUGACCAGGUGAUCUGUGUUGAAACCCAGUCACAUAGUUAUUAUAUAUUCAAAUCAUAUUUUAUUGGUCGUAUACAGGUAUUUAGCAGAUGCUAUUGCGGGAGUAGCGAAAUGCUUGUGUUCCUAGCUCCAACAGUGCAGCAGUAUCUAACAAUUCACAACAAUACACACAAAUCUAAAAGUAAAAUAAUGGAAUUAAGAAAUAUAUAAAUAUUAGGACGAGCAAUGUCGGAGUGGCAUUGACUAAAAUACAGUAGAAUAGAAUACAGUAUAUACAUAGGAACUGAGUAAAGCAGUAUGUAAACAUUAUUAAAGUGACCAGUGAUUCUAUGUAUAUGGGGCAGCAGCCUCUAAGAUGCAGGGUUUGAGUAAACGGGUUGUAGCCGGCUAGUGAUGGCUAUUUAACAGUCUAAUGGCCUUGAGAUAGAAGCUGUUUUUUCAGUCUCUCUGUCCCAGAUUUGAUGUAUCUCUGCUGACCUCGCCUUCUGGACGGUAGCGGGGUGAACAGGCCGUGGUUUGGGUGUUUGAUGUCCUUGAUGAUCUUUUUGGCUUUUCUGUGACAUCGGGUGGUGUAGGUGUCCUGGAGGGCAGCAAGUGUGCCCCCGCUUUCCACCUUCUCCACUGCGGUCCCGUUGAUAUGGAUAGAGGCGUCCUUCCUCUGCUGUUUCCGGAAGUCCACGAUCAGCUCCUUCGUUUUGUUGAUGUUGACGGGAGGUUAUUUUCCUGGCACCACUCCGCCAGGGCCCUCACCUCCUCCCUGUAGGCUGUCUCGUCAUUGUUGGUAAUCAGGCCUACUACUGUUGUGUCGUCUGCAAACUGGAUGAUUGAGUUGGAGGCGUGUAUGGCCACACAGUCAUGGGUGAACAGGGAGUACAGGAGGGGGCUGAGCACGCACCCUUGUGGGGCCCCUGUGUUGAGGAUCAGCGAAGUGGAGGUGUUGUUUCCUACCUUGACCACCUGGUGGCAGCCUGUCGGGAAGUCGAGGACCCAGUUGCACAGGGUGGGGUUCAGACCCAGGGCCCUGAGCUUAAUGAUGAGCUUGGAGGGUACUUUGAUGUUGAAGGCGGAGCUAUGUUCAUCAUGUGUUGAACCGUGCUUUCGGCCGCAGGGGGACCAGCAGCUCUGCAAAGCCCAGGAGGCCCAGCGUGUGGAGCGGGCCGUGCUGCUGGAAGCCGUCCAGGGCCUGGAGAUCGAGUUGUCUGUGUGCCAGCAGAGACAGAAGGACCUGCAGGACACUUUCUCCACAGCCCAGAGCCACUGGAGGGCCCAAGAGGAGCGGCUGCACCAUGAAGUGUCCUCCCUUACCUGUUUGUUGGGAGACCACAGGCAGAUGACCGACAGUUUGAUUGAGACAGUCAAAACCGAGCAGAAGAAAGCAGCCAAUCAGUUUGCAGAGAGCACGGAAAAGCCGGGCAAACAAGAUGAGAUGGUUGCUGAUGCUGCUGAAGGCAAGGGCUACAAUCAGAGCAGGCCCCGGCUGCAGAGCACCAUGAAGCUCCACUCCAACCUGCACCAGGCCUUAGAGGGCCUCCAGCUGCAGACACCAGCAUCACCCUCCCCAUCAUUAGACCCCAUGAGCUCCUACCAGGUCUCCGUCCAGCAGCUUCAGGAGGAGCUGCAGAGAGAGAAGGACCAAGUAUCGAGGCUGGUGGAGCGUCUGGAGAGGGCCGAGCAGAAGUUAGAGGAGCUGAGGCAGCAGCAGGAGCAAGACGCCAAGGAAAGCUGGAACACUGUCCAUCAGGAGAUGGAGACCAACCUGGAGAUGGGCGGCAUGGUGGAGCGGAGGAGGGGGAAGGUGCAGGAGGUCAGCACCAUACUGCGACGCAAGAUAAGCUGGGGUGGAUGGGCUGGGAUGAAGGAUGAGGAGGAGGAAGAAGAAGAGAAGGAGGGGAAGCCUGCAAACGCCCUCAACUCAGAGUGCAUAAACCAGUGUCAGGCAAUGCACCCAGAUCCACAAAUGCUAGAACAGGACCAAAGGAACCCAGAACUAGAAUCAGAGAAGGGAGCCCAGGACCAGCACUCCUGCCUAGAGACGUUGUUGUGGAGGUGGCAGAAGACGCUGGGGGGACAGAGGGACAUUGUGAAGAGGCUGAAGGCCGACAUGAAGAGGGAGACAGAGAGCAUGCAGGUGCUGGCCGCCGGCCUCUUGAACAACAGACAGCACAGCCUGGACACAUGCCAGGUCCAAGCCCUUGAAGAGCACCUGGAGAUCUGGAGGCGCAGGCAGAGAGAGAUGAAAAUGCAGCUGUCUGAGAUGCAGGCCCAGUUUGACGUGGAGCGGAACCGCUCUGCCGAGUUCCUGAAAGAGAAUGACAAGCUGAGCAGACUGCUUUGCACGGUGGAGUCCUCGGUGGCUGACCUGCAGCCCCUGCUCACCUACCACCAGGUCCUAGUAGAGGAUGCCAUGAAGGACAACUCUAUACAACAUGGCCGCCACAGGAGCAAGAUGAAAAAAUAACUCUCAAAGACUGAUGAAUAAAAGUUGACAAUAUAAUUUG